AUAAUUAAAAAAACAUGCAUGUGUGUUUUUAAAUAGAAUCUUGCAAUUGUAAGAUUUCCCUAACUGAAUGUCUUAAUGUUCUAGUAAAUCUUUUUUCCAAUAUCAACCUUUCUAAUUCAUUUUGGCUUGCAGCAAAUGGUGACGCUAAUGCCAACACUAAUAUCAACGUAUUAACAAAGUAGGCAGGCUUAUAGCAUACAAAUCGACAUUUUUUUGCUGAUAGAAACAAAUCUGAACUAAAAAGUCUGAAAAUAAAAUUGACAGAUUCAUGCACAAUUUUUUUUGCAAAGAACUACCUGAGGGCCUGAAGAGGCACAAUUUUUUUGUAAUAAACUACCCAGGGGCCUGAAAAAACACAUGGCUGUUUUGUUAAAUUGUGUUGACUGUUAUAUCUACCAGAUAACAUUUAAGAUAAAACGGUAAUGUUGCAAGCCAAAUAUUUUUCGGAAACAGCCAAACAAAUUGAUUAAAGAAAAUCUUAACUGUUGUCUGUUUAUAAUAUUUUCAGGCAUUCUCUUUUAGUUUAUUGAGUAUGCAGUCGUAAAUGGAAAGAAAAUGUUUUUCUUGUUGUGAUCCAUUCAAGAUGUCAGUGUCACAAAAUUUUCAGUCUUUGAAGAAAUUUACAACCCGUGCCGUCUCAUAUCUACUGGAUUCACCUCAGCCAAGUUUGGUUGCAUACACACGAUACUCACUGCCACAUAAAUACAAAUAUGAGAGACCUGCAUUUCUUGAAUUGGAUGAGGAAGCGACACAGGCAUCUGCUGAUCAUGAAAUUCGACCAGUGAUGCAUCCUAAGAGGCCACUUAUUAUGAUGGCUGGCUAUGCUGAAGUAAUAAAUGCUGGAAAGACGAUACAUGUUAAUGAAGACCAAAGUAGUUUUAAUUCUUUUGUUGUUACCGUGCCCGUGAAUCAACGAGACGAAUCCUGGACGACAGAAAUGUGUCAAAUACCAUGUAUUUAUUUUGGUGUUUUUGAUGGACAUGCUGGAGUUGGAUCAGCUCUUUUUGCUUACCACAGCUUACACUACCAUAUUAAAGACAAAUUGACUGAAAUCUCUCAUAUGUUGGUAAUAACACAAGAAGAGAUGGACCAAAAGUAUUUGAUGACUGGAUUAAUCACUUCAGUUGAUGCAGAAAAGUUGAUCAUGGGUGCACUAGAGAAAGCGUUUAUAGCAAUGGACGAGGAAAUCCAGCAACAACGCUAUGACUUUCGAAUUGAAGGUGGCUGUACAGCUUUGGUUGCUCUAUUUAUGAAAGGUAAACUCUUCGUGUGUAACGCAGGUGAUUGUAGAGCAGUGCUGUAUAAAGACGACAUUCCUCACCCGUUGUCACGUGACCACAAUCCCGAAUCCGAACGCAAGCGAGUCCAAAUGCUUGCUUAUUUGAAGCCGGCCUUGUUGUGCGAUGAAUACACACGCUAUCAGUUUCAACAUCGUUGCCGUAAAAAAGAUAUCGGCACGCGUCAACUUUACAGGGAUCAUAAUAUGGACGGUUGGGCGUUGAAGCUGAUUGAUAAAAACGACUUAAAACCACAGGUCGUUUGUGGUGAAGGAAAACGGGCUCGAUUGCUCGAUACGAUCGGUACGACGCGAGGAUUCGGUGAUCACGAUUUAGAAGUUCCGUACGCUGCCAACAUAAAAAUCAAACCGUUUUUACUUGCGGCUCCAGAAGUGACCGUGUAUGAUCUAAACACUGCUUUUACCGAGGAUGACGUAUUAGUCUUAGCUUCUGAUGGAUUAUGGGAAAAAUUAAGCAACGAGAAGGCAGGUAACAUAUUGAAAAGCAAGCUGGAACAACAAAAAGCUGAUGAACCUCGGAGAUGCAUCGUAGCUGCGCAAGGACUCGUCGACGAAGCGAGGGGUGUGUUGGGCGAACGUGGAUGGAGGAUGUUAUCUAACGAAACCGCAAGUUACGAUGACAUCUCCGCCUUUGUGAUUCCCCUAACAUCGUGGAAGACUGCCCUAGAAAAUGUUUUGAAACUUCAUCGCGAAAAAACUCGUCCAAACAGUCGCGCGUUGAGCGAUGACGAGUAUUUAAACAUCCCUCACGUCUCACCCCCGUCACAUUCUGACCAAGAAAGACAGAAACAUGAACUGCAAGCGAUGGCAAAGUCAUAUGAAGAAGUCAAAACGGUGGAGAUCAAAAAGUUGGAGGAGAUCCUGGAGAAGAAAGAAAAUGCCAACCGCAUGUGCGAAGUUAACAAGGUCAGCGAAAGCAAGUUAAACGAGGAGAGUGAAACUACAACGGGCAAGGCGGAGGAGAACGAAACUUUUAAAACGAAUAAUCAAGAUGACAACGUUGAAAUGUUGAAACUUUUAUCGAAUCAGGAUAAUAAGUUGUAGGGCGAUUAUCUCGUCUCCAGUAAUUUAUAAAUAACGAUUAAAUAACUGGCAAAUGCAGAAUUUAACAUACAAAAUAAAAGCUUCCUGACGAUUGAGUGAGCUGAUGAUAUAUCUAUGCUGUUUAUGUCUAUGACGUCUUGCAUGCUUUGUUAUUAUACUUUUAUUUUUUUAACGAUUUUUUUCCAAGGCGCCUUGUUCUUGGAUGUUUUCGCUCAGGUAUUUUUUUAUACAUUUCAUCGCUCAUAUCGGUCACGUAAAAUAGGAGAUCAUUGGAGGUUUGACAAAUUUGUUGUGUUGCAAGUUAUACAAAUGACUUAUUAGAUGACAUAAAUUGAAAAAUAGGAAAGAAUUGACAACAUUAAAACUCUCACAAUGACAACACAAUAUCUGUGAAAAAAAUUUUUCUGCUGAGAGUUUUUUUCCCGAAAGAUGGGUCUUGCGGAUUUAAUUUGUAAGAUUUGUAGAUACAGUUUUGAAAAGAUGUGUUCUAGAAGAUUCAUUAUAGAUUGAAAAAGAUGUCUUAAAUAAAAAAUGUCUUUCAAAAUGCAGUGGUACAAACAUUUUUUGAUCAUCUUUUGAGAGACCCAUAAAAGAUGUUUAAGAUGUUUAUAAGGUCUAGACGCGAUUUACAUAAAAUUAGGUCGUUUAAAGGUGAUCUUGUGCUGAUUGGAUUGAUAUCUCAUUUGUUUUAAAAUAUGAUGUCACGAGUCUUUUCCUUUGUAUUGCGACGCGCCAAUCUGUUUUCAAAACACAAAGAUCAAAAUACCCACCACUUGUACAUUUACCCAGUGAAACCUCAUCUGCAUGUGAAAUAGACACUUGGAAUUUAUUAACAUAAUUUUUAGGGGUAAAUUUAGUCCCAUAUUUAGUGAUGUAGUUGUACUUAGUCAAAAAAUAGGAAAGGUAUUUUCUUAUCAAAAGAAGGAUGAAUUUUGCAGAAUGAAACAUUUUUGCUCAAGAAAAUUAAACAGUAGCAUUUUUUUUCUUGAGUGACGAGAUAAAUAAUUUAUGUAAAUAUGUCAGCUUUCAUUGGUUAGUUUAUUAUACGUCAUAAUUAUAAUAGUGUAUAUUUUUGCAAUUUAUUAAAAUCACCAUUCAAUAUAUAGAUUUGUUAAAAUAGUCUGUUCU